AUGAAGCUUCAUUCUGCUUUGUUUUCUGGCGCGGUUGGAACAUCGAGGUUUUAUCGGUCAGAACUGCCAACGCUUUAUAAAAGGCUUAUUUUGGAUGCUCGAGCAUUGGGACAACAACCUGAAAAGGGUCUUUGGUUCCAUGUGAAAACAUACUAUCCGGUUAGCUAUGCGGAGGAUAUGUUGACUGGAAGUCUUCCGAGACGUUUUUUCAAACUUCAAGCGUUUCCGUAUUAUAACGAAAAAAUAAGGUCAAAGGAAUGGUUCGUACGUGCCUAUAUUCAACCCGGAUUACCUAUCCCUACAUCUCCUCCUGGCUUUCCUCCUAAUGAAGCCCAAGAGGAAGCUAACCAAGAUUCGCAAACGCCUCUAAAAAGCUACUUUUCCAGCGACGAGAAUUCUGAACCAACAACAUUUGUGAAACGAGUCAUUCCAGCUCGUGCUCCUUUGGAAGUUUCAGAGGAUUUUUCUGGAAUCGGUUCUUGGUAUCUUGCGGAUAGCCAACAAGUACAGGAUUUUGAAAAACAGAAAGCUCUUUUGACUCAGUUUCGAAUGAGAGCCUAUCCGAAGUCACUUCUUUUGCAGUACGUUCCUAACGAAGUUUCGAGCGAAGAUCUUUAUAAGUAUCUGCGACGACAAGGUCCCAUAGAUGGAGUCAUACAACUGAACAAGGAAGCGUUACCAGCGUCACCAAAAUCUUUUGAGAGCAAGGAAUUAUUGCGUUUGACACCCACAAACGAUUGGCUUAUUAUUACACCCAAACCCAAUUUAUUUUUACGUCUCCUACAUAGAAAUUCAUGGGAUUCAAUAAAAAGACUUGCACCUCUCUCACAAAAAUCUCCUGAAGAGCGACUGAAAACAAGAGGAAUAUCGGGAGCACCGUUUCAAGAUUCUUCUGGUUCAGCAAAUCAUAACUCACUAUUACUAUUUGCAAGCAAUUUCUUCAAUACUAAAGUUGAAAAUGCAAAACUUUCUUCAAAACUACCACGAAAGAAAAAUAAUGCUUAA